AGACCCGGUCUAGUAUAGUUUGACCGGUCAAGUAAUUUACACUAUCAUUUUUGGCGCCACCCGUGGGACCGUUAAGGUUUCUUUUCUUCCAAACACAAACCUACCCGCAAAAACACCACUCAAAAUGUCUUCCAGUCAGCAAAUCAACGCUACUUCCACUCAGGUGCAAGCCACCAAUGAAGGCACCAGCAUCCCUGUGGCUGCUACCCUACCGGUCAUUUCGGCCCCAGUGUUGCCUUUGGGUCUGAGCUCUGUCCCAACGCCUAGCGUGAUCAGCCCAUUCACGACCCCCGUCCCUUCCGCGGGACCAAGGGUCACGUUCCCACCAAGCAUGACUCAGUUCAUGAAUGACUCAGCCAACCUACAAGCCAUCCAGGGCUUUGGCCAAGUCAUGGUCAUGUGCCAACAGAAUGGGGGGAUGCCUUUCCUCCCUGGCAUGUUUCCAUUCGCCCUUCCAGGCGCUGGAACGAUGCCCCUUCAAGCUCCGAUGGCAGUGGCGCCGUUCCAGAUGCCGAUGCCGCAGCCAUCACCUUUGCCGCCAUCCUUCGUUCCUCGACCAAGUUGAGCUCGGCCAGAUGACCCAGCCGGCAUUUGGAAGAGGAGUGGAGUCAGAUCCAGCGUCAUCCAACUCACUCUCUGUGUCCUCUAUGCAUGAAACUUCCAAUUCUUCAUUCUCUCCGCCCUUAAAGCUCGGAUCUUUAGUGUUCAUCCCUUGGGAUUGAAGCUCAAUUUCAGGGAUCUGAGAUUCAAAACAAAAUUUCACAGAAUCCAUAUGAAGUUGGACUGAUAAAGCUUAGAUCUAGGG